CCACUGUUCACACGGGACCCCACUCAGCUGAAAGGAAGUUUCUUGUCCACGGAGCUUCAGAAGAGCAACAUGGGCUUCGGCUUCACUAUUAUCGGGGGCGACGAGCCUGACGAGUUCCUCCAGGUGAAAAGCGUGAUCCCUGAUGGGCCUGCAGCAGCUGAUGGAAAGAUGGCCACAGGUGAUGUCAUCGUCUACAUAAAUGACGUCUGCGUCCUCGGCACCACCCACGCCGAUGUGGUUAAACUCUUCCAGUCCGUGCCCAUCGGCCAGAGCGUGACCCUGGUGCUGUGUCGUGGUUACCCUUUACCGUACGACCCAGAGGACGCCGCCAACACCAACAACAACACCACCACCAUCAUCUCCCCGUUAGGCAUCAUGGAGCAGCGGCCCAUCAUGGUGAACGGCAGGACGGGCUACGAUAACUACCUGGACUAUCUCACCCGAACGGCUCGCUUCGUCACAGACCCCGGUCAGGACCAGGUCAGCUCCCCGCAGCAGCUCCUCACCUCUCACCCAGGUGACACCCACCUAGACGGGUCGCUUCCUGCCACCAGCGGCACCACGCCCCCUGACAGCAUCUCCAUGGCGUCUUCAGGGGCCACCCAGGGGGAGCUGCUGACUCUGACCAUGGUGAAGGGCGUGGAUGGUUUUGGCUUCACCAUCGCGGACAGUGCCACGGGCCAGCGGGUGAAACAGGUCCUGGAACCACAAGGCUGCCCUGGCCUGUGCGAGGGCGACCUGAUCGUGGAGAUUAACAAGCAGCCCGUGCAGGGGUUCGCUCACACGCAGGUGGUGGAUCUGCUCAAGGAGUGUGCUGUUGGAGCCGAGACCAGCCUGGUGGUUCAGAGGGGCGGGACAGGUCACCAUUCACCCUGGAAGACAACGAAGCAGGUUUUGGAGCAGUGGGAGUCCCAGCUGGACCGGAGCGGCCCUGCUCAGACCAGCAUGUCCGCUCCCGCUCUCCCCCACCUCGCCCCCUUCCCACCACACCAUCUUCUCAGGGCCUCAGUGCCAGACUCCGAGGCCUUGGCUAACCCAGCCCCAUAUGACCUUUUUGAGAAGUCCAUGGCUCUCUAUGAGAGUAGGCAACUCAGCCAGCCGAGGACCGUGUUUUCUGUGGACUCGUCGGGUGUGGAGUUCCAGGACAUCGACGUCCACCUGCGGAGACAGAAGUCCGGGUUUGGGUUCCGGGUGCUAGGCGGUGACGAGGCGGGGCAGCCUAUCCUGAUCGGAGCGAUCAUAGAGAAGAGCCCGGCGGACGUGGACGGGCGUCUGCGGCCUGGCGACGAGCUGCUGUUCGUGGAUGGGAUCCCCGUGGUGGGGAAGCCGCACCGGUACGUCAUCGACUUGAUGCACGCGGCGGCGCGGAACGGACAGGUCAACCUGGUCAUCAGGAGAAGGACUCAGACUGGAGGUGAGUCCUGCCCAGAGAACAGCCGAAGCCCGGGUUCGGUCUCCACGCAGCACAGCUCGCCACGCAGUGACUUCACCUAUGGAAACAGCACCAAUACAACCCAGGCUCCCGGUACAAACGUGGCCAACAACGCAGCUGCACCAGACGGGACCGCCAACCAGCAACCGAGUGAUGUCACCAUCAGCCGAAAGGAGAGCGAGGGCUUUGGCUUUGUCAUCAUCAGCUCGCUCAACCGGCCGGAAACGGUCGCAACUAACACUGUGCCCCAUAAAAUUGGCCGGAUCAUCGAGGGCAGCCCGGCGGACCGCUGCGGGAAGCUGAAGGUGGGAGACCGGAUCCUGGCUGUGAACGGCCAGUCCAUCGUCAGCAUGCCGCAUGCGGACAUCGUCAAGCUGAUCAAAGACGCGGGCCUGAGCGUUACCCUGAGGAUCAUCGCCCAGGAAGAGGUCAGCAACCCUCCGUCAGCCCCCACCUCGGAGAAGCAGAGCCCCAUGGCUCAGCAGCACAGCCCCAAGGUCCAUUCCAACCCCGCGGCUUCCCAGCCCAGCCUAGCCCCAACGGAGCCAAACCUCCAGCCCAACUCGGUGCCCCAUCAGAGCCCGCUGACCCAGCUUCCCGCUCCUCCACCUCAGACCUACGCUCACGAUGGCAGUUACAGGUCUGAGGUGAAGGCCAGGCAGGACGUCAAGCCAGACAUCCGGCAGCCAUCUUUCACAGAUUACAGGCAGCCUCCUGUAGAUUACCGGCACCCCCCUGUGGCGGAUUACAGGCAGCCACCCACGCUGGACUACAGACACCCACCGCUGCUGGACUACAGACAGCUAGCCACAGAUGCGCGGCAGUUCACCAUCCCAGACUACAGGAUGCCUCCAGUCCAACUUUCCCAGGACUUUGACUUCUUCACCGUGGAGCUGGAGAAGAGCGUGAAAGGCUUUGGCUUCAGCAUCCGCGGAGGACGGGAGUACAAGAUGGACCUGUUUGUCCUGCGACUGGCGGAGGACGGGCCGGCCAUCCGCAACGGGAGGAUGAGGGUCGGGGACCAAAUCAUUGAGAUCAAUGGAGACAGCACGCGGGACAUGACCCACGCCAGGGCCAUCGAGCUCAUCAAGGCCGGAGGCAGACGAGUCCGUCUCCUCCUGAAGAGGGGGACGGGGCAGGUCCCGGAGUACGACAAUGCCGCCCCAUGGGAUGGUCGCCCUUCAGCCUCCCCAGGCCUGUCGGAAGUAGCUCCUCUCAUCAGUAGCUUCUCCACACCAUCACCUUCAUCUCAUCUGGCCUCGGCCCCUGACCUUCCUCAUCUGGCUCCUCAGGACGUCACACGAGACAGUCGGAGUUCCCAUAAAGCCGAGCUGUUGAGCAGAGAUCCCAUCGGCCAGGGGAGGAGGGUGGCUGCCGGCGGCGGGAGCAGCAGAGCCAAGAAAGAGGGUGGCAGGUCCACCCAGACGGGGUACCAGGGGCAGCAUCCCACUUCCGACGGAGAAGGUGGCAAAGAGGGGCAGAGCGGAGAGCCUAAAGCUUCCAGGAGCAGCAGAGGGAGGUCCAAGGAGAGGAACACUGGCGACAGCAGGGAUUGCACUCACUCUCCUAAACUCCCACACUCUAAUGGGAACAGCAGGGAAAACGUGGAGCAUUGGUGCGAUGGGAAGCAAGGCAAACCAAGACUCAGAGAGCUAGACGUGGGCCUGGGAGAGAGCCGGCCCAGCAAGAAUGGAGGAGGAGGAGGCACCGUGAUGGUGAGGAAGACCACGGUCUCUCCUGGGCCUUGGAAGAUCCCGGGAUCGGACAAGCUGCCGAGCUCGCUGCGAACCGGCACAUCCCCGCUCAGCAGAUAACACCACGAUUCCAAGAGGGAACAGUGGCCGCACGCGUCUGGACCGAACCAACUUCCUGUGCUCCUAACCCCCCCCCAGACAGCAGAGGUGAUCUGGACCACAUGCUUGUAGAGUUUUAUUUAUAAAACUGUAUUUUAAAUUAUUCUAAGAGACGUAUUUUACACCCACCACCUUAAAGACUGGAAAAUCAUCCAUUUUGGGAAGGAGACGGAAACUUUUUGUAGCAGAAGGAAUUUUGGAAGCGUCUUUUUUUAGUUAAGCUGAGAUGGACAGAAAACGUAUAGUUGUUUUUUUUUAUUACAUAUAUAAAUAUAUACAUGUACUGUGCACGGUGGGGUCUAUUUUAUGAAAUGGAAUGUUUUAAAAGAUGGUUCGCCUGUUUUUGACGAGAGAAUGAAUCACAAAGAUGCCCCCCCCCCCCCC